AUGCACAAAUGCGACCAAAGAGAAAUUCCAACGUGUGGCAGUCAUUGUUGGCAUCAUUACGCAGCGAAAUUUGCAAUUUUUCACUACCCAUACGAAACAAAAGCUAAGGAACUGUUGUGGUCUACAAAUAGUGAAUAUCGUUUGCUUGCUGAUACAACACACCGAUCUAAAUUUUUGUCUGGAUGUUCUGCAGUCGGCUCUACCCCUCCGGCUAAAGAAGGAGUUUGGGUUUCUACGAUCCUGAAAUGUGCUGGUUCUCUUGAUCUAGCUAUUUGUUUAAGAGAGUUACAAAGAGGUGUUAACAGGAAAAGAGCUAAGACGUGCAUCAAGGUUUUUGGGACUCAAGUGCUUAAAUCGAACAACGAUUAUACUAAAGUGAAAUCUACCGUGCCACUACAACUUUACUCGCCGGAUUUUUGUCAUUUACUGAAUGAUAUACGGUAUAUUCGAGCAACUGGUCUUUACGAAAACGCUAACCGUUUUUUGUGGAUUAUGUGGACACCAACGAGUUCUAGCACCCUAACAAAUUCUUUUGCCGUUACUAGGUUCAGGCUUCUUAAUUCAUAUGUCUCUACUCAUGCCAAGCUUCCAUCGGAAGAGUGCUUCCUACAUUUGUUUCUCCACUCCAAGAAAGGGAAGUCCUUUAGUGAUCCGAUUGAAAGGAAGAAGGUGGAAGCUGAAAGCCAAUUUCUUACCGAUCUUUUGGAGACGAUUCGUCCAAAGUGCAGCAUACAACCUGUAGAAUCGCAUAAACUAUCCAUUCAAGGGAUGGAACAAGAAAAUUCAUGUGUGCCAUUUCAGUGGGAGGAUCUUUGUAAACAAUGGAAUGUUUCCAUUCAAGAGGCACCAGAUGGCCAUCAGUUUCUCUAUGAUGGAAGGGUAUCCAAAAUGCGCGAGCGAUCAGCAGCAGUGGCAGAAGGCUCUCCACAAGAGGGUUAUUGCUACUCGAAGGCAUAUCCUAAUUCUGAAUUAAAAUUGGAUCCUAAUCUCAUAAGGAACAGCUCAUCGCCGUCUUCUUGUGGACAAUACCAUCGACUGGCACGCGCUAAGUUUCGAGCACUUAAGUAG